CUUUUAUUCAUUUAUUUAUUUUCCUCAAUAACACCUCAUUCAUUUCUUUACCAAGCUCUUUCCCUAAAUAAUUUCCCCUCUUUCGAAUCUAACAAUUCGCUCGAUUCGAUUCUUCAAUUUUCAGAAAAAAAAUCACUUAAUUCAUUAAUUCCAUGGGGGAGGAAGUUACAAUUGACGGAGUUGAGGAUAGGAUGGCGGAGUGGGAGACCGGCUUGCCGACCGUCGACGAUCUGACACCGUUGUCGCAGGCUCUGAUCCCGCCGGAGCUGGCAUCGGCUUUCAAAAUCUCGCCGGAGCCUACUCGAACCAUGCUCGAUGUCAACCGAGCUUCUAAGAACACCAUGUCCUCCCUCUGCGGCGGCGUUUCCCAACCUUCCUCCACCUUUAAGCCGUUUUUAAACAAUCAUAAUCAUCAAAAUGCGUCCUCCGUGCCGGACCACGUUAUGGAGGAGCCAGAGGUGGAAGACGCGUACCCAACCCAAGAAGGAUCUGACCCGAAGAAAUUCAGGAGGAUGGAGCCUGAGGAGGUUGACUCUGUUACUCAAACCGCCGCCACCGAUAACUGUACGGACGACCAGUCGGCGGCGGCGAAGACUCUGAAGAGGCCGAGGCUUGUUUGGACCCCGCAGCUCCAUAAACGUUUCGUGGAUGUUGUGGCGCACUUGGGAUUGAAGAACGCGGUACCGAAGACGAUUAUGCAGCUUAUGAACGUAGAGGGGCUGACUCGGGAAAACGUGGCAAGUCAUUUGCAGAAGUAUAGGCUGUAUGUCAAGAGGAUGCAGGGGUUGUCGAACGAGGGACCGUCAGCAUCGGAUCAUUUGUUCGCUUCAACACCAGUGCCGCCACAGAGCUUUAAUGAUUCAUUCAGUUGUGGCGGGCAUGGGAAUGUGGAUGUGAAUGUGAAUGGGAGUCGUGGUGGUGGGAACAGUGAGAAUCAUGUUGGGAUGCCUAUUCCGAUGCCAUAUCCAUCUCUACAGCAACUUAUGCCCAUGCCAAUGAUGGUAAUGGCAGCACACGGACAAGGACAUGGACAUGGGCAAGGACAUGUAGGAAUGCCAGUGGGAAAUAUGAAUUCCGCAGCUGGAAACAAUGGUUACGAGGCUCAUUCUCGUCAUAAUCAUUAUCCGCAACAGUAUAAUAGUAUGAUACAGCAACAGAGGGACUGGUCUGGAAAUAAGUACAAUGGUUACCUGCACCAUGCUACUCCAAAUGAUAAAUAAAUCUUUUCUGAGUCCACAUUGGAUAGUGGAAAAAUAGGGACUGAUACUGGAUUCAAUACAUUGGAAAUGUGACUUGAUGAACUACAGCUAGGCCUUUUUGUCAGAAUUACUUGUUUCUGAUUUGCAGUUCUAGAUGAAUGUUUUGUUUAUCUAAUAUAAUUCUUUUGCAAAUGUUUAGAAUUACCUCAGAAAUACUGUUCUCUUUCAAUUGAAAGAUAUAAACAUUAUUAUUUAGACUUGUCAGCCCAAUGGAAGAGCCACAAUUAACAUAAAAUAGCUAUGUGGUAAUGGAAAGAUUCAUUCUUUCGUUAGUAGUGGAAAACAAGGAAAUGUAAUCAUCUGUUUUUGUCAAAUCCGAAAAAUCCUAUCAACAGAGCAUAAAGGAGAGGAGGAAAGCGCAAAAAAAAAAAAAAAAGAAUUAAACCUGACAAUUAGAAAUAAACGGUUUCUGUUGUUGAGUUAUGUAGUGGUUGAUGUAAUCAAGUUUAUGGACGUCUUUACCUGAUUCGGUGUAUCUUUAUAUCCUUAAAUCUUCAAGAAACCGAUUGCCUUAUGAAAUACUUAUCAAUGCUUGAUUUUUUUGUGGUGUGAACAAAUUAUCUUAUUUUUUCUUCGUUCAGGAUGUGCUCUAAUUUAUUGACAAACACAUUACUCUUUCUUUCAUGGUAUAAUUAGGUUUUAGGGUUUGUUUUAUUAGCCAUGAUAUGGCUUGUUGAAAUUCAAUCUUUGUUAUCAUCUGAUCUACUUAUGUCUGCAUGAUAUUAAAUCCCAUUAGAUGUUAGAUGUUUUAGGAUAGGGUUGUAACAUUGCGCAGAAUAGGACACAUAAAAAUGAAUUUUGAUUGUCUAUGGCCUCAAAAGUGAGCUUAAACGUUUUUCAUGUUCAUUGCAUAAUUACCAAAGUCCAUUCCCAGAUAGAUGAUACUUGUAUUUGACUAAUCUGUUAUUGCUCUUUCAUCACAGUGGUGCUAAUAUUUAACCUGCGUAUUAUUCUAUUUUUUGUUGGAAAGUAAGACAAAAGAAAAUUCUACAUAUCAGUUACAUCAGUAUCAACAACUUACAAUUUGGUGUGACUUUUAAUUUUCUAGGGCACUGUUUUGUAGACAGCAUCAAUUUUGCAUUUUUUUCAAGUAUAUAACGGUAGACUCAUCAAUGUCUGGUCCAAGGUAUGAUCAUCUCCGAAAAGUUUCCUGCAUUUACUCAGAUGUCACUUCAAGUAUGAAUACAAAUUGUUGUUUACCUUUAGGCUUUGUUUGGAUAACAAGCCUAUUAAUUCAUAUUGGGUAUUUCAAUAGCUAAUGGCAUAUCUAGUAUUGCAUGGUUUAUAAUUUGUGAUAUGGUUUUUGUCAUUAUAGAUUAGAAAAUCAUUAUCAGCAAUAUAAACAGUUGACUAGUUAAUUCUUAUUCAACCUAUGUUCAUGAGGCUGAUAUUAACUAAUUUCAAAUAUUUUUGUAAAUCGAUCAUUUCCUUUAAAGUCUUUAAAUCACCCAUCAUAUAAGCAUUUUAUAUGAUUAUGUUUUCUUUUGUUAGAAUGACCAAUUAUCUUACAAUUGAUCAAACCACAAAUUAACCAGAUCUUGAGAUGUAUACCAUUAAUGAAAUGUCAUAACUGAAUGGAAUUAAAUGCCCAUGAAGUUGCCUUUAAGUUAAGCAUCCAAACAUGGUGUAAAGAGUACAUGUAUUUCUAAUCCAUAUUGCGAUCGUCUCAAUGGGGCCUUCUGGUAACAUGUUCCUCUUCCUUGAAUAUAGUAGCCGCAUUUACUAAAUAUUUAUCCUGGUUCUGGUUAUUCUGUUUUACCAAUGUUUUUUCAUUUGAAAUUGUGCUUUCUUUCUGCCUCCUUUAGUUUAAAAUUGUGUCGAUUCACAUGUUAGAUCUGUUUUUAUCCUAUAACAUGCACUAUGCUUAUAAAAGCUGAAUAUUUAUUUCUCUUUAUGAGUAUACUGUUUUUAAUUUUCUUCUCUCCCUUGACACUCAUUCCAUUAUCAUAAAAUUACUAAGAGCCUAUUUGAGCCCCAUUUUUCUAUUAAGAAUGCAUUUUGGAAUAGUAGAUUGAAGGAGAAUGUAUGGUUACAAAAUAUGGAAGAGUUUUUCGUUUGCGUGUAAUAUUAUUUUAUUGAAGAAUAUGUGGUUGAGAAGAAGAGAGAAAAAAAUGUAUUUUGAAAAGAACGAGGAUCAAACAAGGGUUAAGACUUUUCAAGAAGCCUCUUGUUUGGUGGGAUCAUGGACAGGAUCCAGAUUUCUUGAGAUCUGCAAAAUACAUGUGGUCCAAUCGAUUGUAUUAGAAAUAUCCACUAAAUUUAAUAGAGAUCAAUCAGUUGACGAGUAGAAAAUUUUCAAUGUCCAAGAGUUCCAAACAACUCAUCCAUCUUGAUGUAAAGCAUCUUACUUCACGAGCUUCACAAGUUUUGGGAUUUUAUCAUAUGAACUGUGGAAAUUUCAGAUUCCUUUGGCAGCUUAUAAAUGUUCCGAGUCUAAAAUAUAAAACCUUAAUGUAACUGAAAGAGCAAAAGUGAGUUAAUUAUUGGAAAAAGUGGUUGUUUUGAGAAAUUAAAUAUUUUGCUAGUUCGAGAUCUCUUUUAGAUGCAAAUUUGGAUAUCUUUCUUACGUAACUGUUCUUUCUUCUUAUUAAAGAGUAGGACCCAUGAACCACAACUCCUAAGAAGCUUGAUUUGCUGCUCUGGAUCUGUUGGGUGUUCACUGGGACUUAAAAGAAACCAUUGAAGACACUUUUGAGGUAUUGCAGAAGUACUUUGAGAUUGUACCUGAAUUGGAUGCCUAAAAGACAAUCGGUUCACAAGGUAUUAAAGUGGAAGUUCUUACUCAAAUAAAUCCCGCCUGCUUGCUGUCAAUUGCUAGUAUAUAUCUAGCCUGUAAGUUUCUUUGUUGAUGAAAUUAUACAUUAUAUAAAUUACUCCCCUUGCAUAUUUUCAAGCUACCCUUCUCUUUUAGCUAGUGUCAUUGCUUCUUUGUGCCACUAAUUUAUUGAGAUACGAUAAGUUCCCAUUGUGAUUGCUGAAACUUAGUUAUUAUUGCUCUUUGUAUUAUGCAUCUCACCCUGAUUUAUUGAGAACAGGACUUAUACAAACAUUUUCAUGCUA